UCCUGCAGCAUGUCAGAGUCGUCCCACUGCUCAUUACCGCGUGGACCACUUGCACCUGCGCUCCUGCACAAAAAGGGGACUACACCUCACCAAAUAAGGACAUGUGAGAGCCUCGUUGGGGAUGACGUUAAACGUGAAAUGGGGAAGAACGGGAGCGCGUGGACCGUUUAGAUGAGGGACCUAAAGCGGAGAAGGAACGCCGAGCUAAUCUGGUUACAUAAGAAGCCAUUGUAUUUCCAGAACGUCUCUGCGCUAAUCUGCUGAACUAUUCAUGCUCAACUGUCCCGCGGCGGCGUAACAUACAGGACGGGCGCGCGCGCACUUGUGGCUCUGAAGGCUCAGAAGCUUCUUCUGCUUUUGGCAGCGUGUGAAACAAGAUAAAUACAUACAGUGAUAUACGUUCACGGAUCCCGCAAAAGCUGCCAUGCCUCAUUUUGCAACUGGCGGCGUGUGCUGCUCGCGCCCGUGACGAUUUCGCUGACGCGCCAAUAGCCGCACCACCCCAGAGAGACAGAGGAGAGCUGCGAGCGACUGACUGGACACCAGUCUCUCUUUCUCUUUCGUUUCCUACCCCUUAACGACCGCGGACGGACGCCUUCUGCUGUGCAAAACCCGUGGACGAAAUUUAAACUACUAACAUCAUCCAGGCUCUUCUGCAGAGAUGGAGGUACCAGGUUUGGCGCACAACAUCAGCAGUCCAUUAAGUCCCUGCGAGGGGAUGAUCAAGGACCUAAGCUUGGACGCCAUACAGUUAUGCGAACGAGAUGGAAGUAAAUCCCAGGACGGCAGCAUCUCUGAGAUGGAGGAGCUCCCUGUUCCUCAGAACAUCAAGAUUAGCAACAUCACCUGUGACUCUUUCAAGAUCUGCUGGGACAUGGAGGCACGCACCAAGGAGCGCAUCACACACUAUUUCAUUGACCUGAACAAGAAGGAGAACAAAAACUCAAACAAGUUCAAACACAAGGAUGUUCCUACCAAACUGGUGGCCAAGGCAGUACCCCUGCCCAUGACGGUCCGGGGCCACUGGUUCCUGAGCCCACGCACAGAGUACACAGUGGCUGUCCAGACUGCAUCAAAACAGGCUGAUGGGGACUACGCCGUGUCUGAGUGGAGCGAAAUUAUUGAAUUCUGCACUGCUGAUUACUCCACAGUGCAUCUAAACCAGCUGCUGGAGAAGGCGGAGGUCAUUGCUGGGCGGAUGCUGCCUUUCUCUGUCUUCUACAGAAACCAGAAUAAAGAGUACUUUGAUCAUGCCAGGGAGGUGCAAGAAAACCGGAUGCUGCCCUCUAUUAAAGACAACAGUGGCAGCCAUGGCUCUCCCAUCAGUGGUAAGCUGGAGGGCAUCUUUUUCAGCUGCAACACAGAGUUCAACACCGGCAAGCCGCCGCAGGAUUCCCCGUAUGGUCGCCAUCGCUUUGAGGUGCGGGCUGAUGCGCUCUUCAACACUGACACCAACCUGUACUUUGGAGACUUCUACUGUAUGUAUACAGCCUACCACUAUGUGAUUCUGGUCCUAGCACCGAAAGGCUCAAGGGGUGAUGAGUUUUGUAAGCAGAGGCUUCCUUUGCUCGACAUCAGCAACAACCGUUUCCUUACCUGCAAGCAGGUUGAAGAGGGUGGUGGUGGUUUGGUGUUUUACCACGCCCAAGAUGUCAUCUUGGAGGUGAUCUACACAGAGCCUGUAGACCUAUCCUUGGGCACAGUGGCAGAGAUCAGUGGGCACCAGCUGAUGAGUCUCUCCACAGUAAAUGCCAAGAAGGAUCCCAGCUGCAAGACCUGCAACAUCAGCGUGGGACGCUAGGGGAAAC